GUGAUCCCUGAGUGCGGGACAGGCUAGACUGGAAAAGUCAGAGAUCCCAUUUCAUCCUUCAGUAACCAAAUAGACCUGAGCGCGCUCUGCCUCCUGCUGACAAACCUACCGAUCUUUGGCCUGGAAAGAGAUGUGCUAACUUCCUUGUUAGGUCUGCAAGAAGAGAACGUGACAUAAAGAAAGAUGCUAUCUCUAAACCCUGGAAAACAGCGUUCUUACAUAGCCACCAUUCCACUGUUACUUGCUGCUGCCUUCAUUGUUGCUGUAAACAGUGAUUGUGGUGUGCCACCGCGUUUUAAUUUUGCUGAGCUGAAGGAGGAGUACAGAAAUCAGAAUAAGUUUGCUGUUGGUAACAAAGUGGAAUACAACUGUCGCCCAGGUUAUAGCAAGGUACAAAAAUCCAUUCUUCAGUGCGGGUCAUAUUCUCGAUGGUCAGACGCUGGAGAGUUUUGCAAGGCAAAAUCAUGCCGUCACCCUGGAGAGCCAGAAAAUGGCAGACUUGUUAUUCUAACAGAUCUCAUGUUUGGUGCAACAGUAAACUUCAUCUGUGAAGAGGGGUACAGACUAAUUGGAAAUGCAGAAAGAAAAUGUGUGCUUGAAGGAUCACAAGUUAUAUGGGACAAAGAUAUUCCAUACUGUCAAGUGAUACCUUGCCUGCCUCCUCCAGAAAUAGAGCACGGGACACAUACUGGGACAACGAUGGAGGAAUUCAACUAUGGGACAUCUGUCACUUACCAGUGUAACACUGUAGAAAGGGGACAGGUUCCUUUCUCACUUAUUGGAGAGCCCUCCAUUCACUGUACAUCCACGGAUAAUAUAAAUGGAGACUGGAGCGGGCCUGCCCCUGAAUGCAAAGUCGUUCACUGUGAACAGCCAAGAGUUGACCAUGGAAAACAGAUGACUGGGUAUAGUCCUGUAUACACCUACAGAGCCUCUGUUCUGUUUGAGUGUGAACACCGCUACACCCUCAAAGGCAGUAACGUACUUCAAUGCAAUGAAAAUAGUAGAUGGGAUCCUCAGUUACCAGUUUGUGAGCGAAGUAGCUGUGAUGACCCACCUUACAUUCGUAAUACUUUUCAAGAUCAUUCUAACAGCAACUUGUUUCCGGCUGGUACUGUAGUGAAAUAUAACUGUGUGGAAGGUUAUGAAUUAAUCCCUGAAAUAUCCUCUGCGAGUGUUACCUGUCAAAAAGAUUUUACAUGGUCUGAACAUCAAGAAUUUUGUCAGAAAAUUAGAUGUUCAUCUCCAAACAUUACCAAUGGAAGAGUGAGAUCUAGAAAAGCAACCUAUGUGUAUGAGGACAAGAUUCGCAUUGAAUGUAAUUCCGGUUACGCCCUCAAAGACCAUUAUGGAUUGAUUAAGUGUGAACGUAAUGGUGCAUGGCAUCCUCCAUUACCAAUUUGCGAACCGGUUUGUGAGCCACCUGCAAGCAUCUCUAAUGGACGGAUCACCCGUGGCUGGAAAAAUGAUUACUUUGUUGGCUCAAGUGUGAGCUAUGUAUGUAACCCUGGUUGGUCACUUGUUGGAGUAUCCUCCAUUCGUUGUAUAGCUGGUGAUGGGGAAAUUCCGCGCUGGGAUGCACCUGUCCCUGAGUGCAAAGCUUGUGAGCCACCUGCAAGCAUCUCUAAUGGACGGAUCACCCGUGGCUGGCAAAAUGAUUACUUUGUUGGCUCAAGUGUGAGCUAUGUAUGUAACCGUGGUUGGUCACUUGUUGGAGUAUCCUCCAUUCGAUGUAUAGCUGGUGAUGGGGAAAUUCCGCGCUGGAAUGCACCUGCCCCUGAGUGCAAAGUUUGGUGUCCAAAGCCAGAUGUGCAAAAUGGAGGAAUGGUCAAUGCAUUAGAUGAAAAAGAGUGUUACAACGUGAAUGAAAGCAUUACUUUCAAAUGCUCUCCUGGGUACCAAUUUUCAAACCAUUGGUAUCAGUCUACAACAGACAGCUUGAAUAUUACAUGUUCAGCUGAUGGCACCUGGACGGUGUUACCCAAGUGUGUAAGCAUCACAGUCCAUUUAG